AUGGCGCCGGUACCCACAGAACCAACAGCCUUCGAGUCCUCAGGGCCAGCGAGCUCGGCUUCGGGCUCCACAAGGGCAACCACGCCAGAGGAGCUUGCUCUCACACCAAAGACAAGAAAGAAGGCAUGUGUCGUCGGCCUCGGAAUGGUCGGCAUCGCCUUCAUCGAGAAGCUGCUCAAGUACGAUCUCCAGAACGGUCGUGACGAGUGGGAAAUCACCGUCUUUGGAGAAGAGCCUCACAUUGCAUACAACCGCGUCGGCUUGACGCAGUACUUCACCAACCGCUCGAUUGAGUCGCUCUACCUCAACGAGCUCAAGUGGUACUCUUCACACGCCAAGGACAAGCUCACAUACCACACAUCCGACGGCGUCACUUCCAUCGAUGCCGAGAAGAAGGUCGUUCGAACCGAGAAGGGCAAAGAAUUCCACUACGACGAGUGCGUCCUUGCCACCGGCUCGGAUGCCUCGCUCCCUCCAUACAUUACCAAGGACAAGUUCUGGAACACAAAAGGCACUUUCCUCUACCGCACCAUCAAGGAUCUCGACGACAUGAUUGCCUACGCCGUCGAUGCGCCAAAGACGCUUGGGCGUCGCAUCCGGAAGGCAGGUGUGAUCGGCGGCGGUCUUCUGGGUCUCGAGGCCGCGAAAGCGCUUUUGGAUCUCGAGGAGAUUGACCAGGUCGUACUCGUCGAGCGAAACCGCUGGGUCCUGUCGCGACAGCUUGAUCAAGAAGGAGGCACCUUGGUGCUUCAAAAGGUGCGAGAUCUCGGCGUCGAGGUCUUGCUUCAGGGCCGUGUUCGUGACCUUAUCUGGAACAGCGAGGGCCGUCUUACCGGAAUGAUGAUGUACGGCAAGGAGGGCGAGGAGGAUGAGCCAUUCGACAUUGACAUGCUUGUCUUCGCCGUCGGCAUCACUCCCAGAGACGAGCUUGCGAAAGGCACGCCUGGUCUGGUCACCCGAAAGAAAGGCGGCGGAUUUACUGUCGACUCCUCGCUUCAGACCUCCAUUCCCAACGUCUACGCCAUCGGCGAGUGCGCCUCCUUCGAGGAGCAGACCUUCGGUCUUAUCGCUCCUGGUAUCGAGAUGGCCGAAGUUCUGGCGUUCAACCUCACGGAGGGUCCUCAUCACGCCAUGCGCAAGAUGAAGUCGCCCGACGUGUCCACCAAGCUCAAGCUGAUGGGCGUUGAUGUCGCUUCGUUCGGUGACUUCUUUGCCGACCAGGGCAAGAUCAGCAAGCCUCUUCCUGGCAGCAAAGGUGCGUCGAGACGCGGAAAGAAGGACGACUCUGCUCCCGGAAUGACCCCUGAAGAGAUCAAGAACUCGGUCAAGGCGCUCACCUACCGCGACCCCUUCUCGGACGUAUACAAGAAGUACAUCUUCACUAACGACGGCAAGCACCUCCUCGGCGGCAUGAUGGUAGGCGACGUCAAGGACUAUGUCAAGCUCGUAGCGCUCUGUAACAAGGCUGCGCCUAUCGAGAAGCCUCCCGCUGAGCUCAUCAUCGGUGCCAAGAAGGAGGGCGAAGAGGAGGGGGACGAUCUUCCCGACGAAGCACAGAUCUGCAGUUGCCACAAUGUCACGAAAGGCGACCUGAUCAAGUGCGUCAAGGACGGCUCUGUGCGCUCGAUCGGCGAGAUGAAGUCCGAGACCAAGUGCGGUACUGGUUGCGGUGGCUGCAUGCCGCUCAGCACAAGUAUCCUCAACAAAGCGCUCAAGGACGCUGGUGUCGAGGUCUCGAACCACCUCUGCAGCCACUUUGCCUACACCCGUCAGGAGCUGUACCAGAUCAUCAAGUUCAAGAAGCUCAAGGAUUUCACCACCACCAUGAAGACGGUCGGCAAGAAGAACGACAGUCUCGGAUGCGAGGUCUGCCGUCCCGCCGUCGGCUCGAUCCUGUCGUCGCUCUACAACGACUGGAUCAUGAACCCUUCGCUGCGUCAGACGCAGGACACCAACGAUCGCUACUUGGCCAACAUGCAACGUGACGGCACCUACUCCGUCGUGCCUCGUCUGCCCGCAGGUGAGGUGACUCCUGCUGGUCUCAAGGUGAUCGGUGAGGUCGCGCAGGAGUACGGCUUGUAUACCAAGAUCACUGGCGGUCAGCGUAUCGACAUGUUCGGUGCCAAGAAGCAAGAUCUCCCCGCUAUCUGGGAGAAGCUCGUCGACGCCGGCUUCGAGUCUGGUCACGCCUACGGCAAGGCUCUGCGUACCGUCAAGUCCUGUGUCGGCAGCACGUGGUGCCGAUACGGUGUCGGCGACUCGGUCGGCCUGGCUCACGAGCUCGAGUCGAGGUACAAGGGUCUUCGAGCGCCACACAAGUUCAAGGGUGGUGUCUCAGGCUGUGUCCGUGAAUGCGCCGAAGCCCAAGGCAAGGACUUUGGUCUGAUUGCUACCACUAAGGGCUGGAACGUCUUUGUCGGCGGUAACGGCGGUGCUAAACCUCGUCACGCCGAGAUCAUUGCCGAAGACGUGACUCGUCGUCAGGCGAUCAAGAUCCUCGAUCGCUUCAUUCUCUUCUACAUCCGAUCCGCCGACAAGCUCGAGCGCACCGCGCGAUGGAUCGAGAAGUUCCCCGGCGGACUCAAGGGUCUCAAAGAAGUCAUUGUCGACGACAAGCUCGGUAUCUGCGAGGACCUCGAGAAGGAGAUGGAGGUGCUCGUCGGCACGUACCACUGCGAGUGGACCAAGGUGAUCCGCGAUCCUGAACGCAAGAAAGCCUUCCGUCAAUUCGUCAACACCAACGACACUCAGACCGUGUCCGAGAUGCUGGACGAGCGCGAUCAGCAACGACCCGCCGACUGGCCCGUCGAAGACGGCCCGCUCCACUUCAGCAUCCUCGACGUGGCCAAGGAGGCCAAGUGGGAGUGGCGACCCAUCUGCAAGUACAGCGACCUGGAUCCGCAGAAGGACUCUCCGUCUUCCGCUACCGUCAAGUACGGAGACACUCAGAUUGCCGUCUGGAACAUCCCCAACCGCGGUGUUCGCGCUGCUCAGAACAUGUGCCCUCACAGGCGCGCUUUCGUUCUCGCAGACGGUCUUGUGGGUGAAGACGACAAGGGUCGCGAGUACGUCUCUUGUCCACUGCACAAGCGCAACUACAUUCUCUCGGCCAACGCCGACGAGGAGGGUGGCAAGUGCAACGACGGCGACUUUUCGAUCAUGACCUUCGAAGCCAAGAUGGACGAGGAGAAGGAUCUCGUCUACCUCAAGCUGCCGCCUACUGAGGCGCUGGAUGCGGUGCUCUCGACGACCAAGUGGAUGCUCAGGCGCGCCACCGAGGAGUCGGACGCCCUCGCUGGCGGCCAGUCUCACUCGGUCGAGAUCACCGGUCCGGACAUGGACAAGAUCGACAACGAGAAGGCUGCGACCAAGAGGCAGGGCUCGCCACUCGCUCAGCCUGCCAAGGCUUCGUGCGGAGACCAGUCCAAGCUCGACUGGUAG